CGUCUUAUUCCCAAGACUCAGCCUAUAACCGUAAAUAUCCUUCAAGGAAUAACGGCCAGAGCUCACAUUUUCUCCGAAAAAAAGAAGAAGAAGAAGAUAAAUUUCUCAGAGAUGAAACUUCAGGCCAUUAAUGCUGUGAAAUGGUACUUCAAUAGGAAUUGGAAUAGAGAUGACAUGAUGAAUUCCGAUGAAAUUCCCGAGGGAGUGCACAGAACCUUGAAGCAGGUUUAAUCUGGAUUUACUUCACUCCACCAGGGAGACUGAACGUGAGGUUCUUACUCUCGAUGUUGGUUGCCUAUUCAUUCGGUGCUUCUGUUAGCGCUUUUACCAAUUAUCUCUUCAAAAGAGAGCAAAGCUAUGUUCUCAGACUUUUGGCUGGUACAACAAUUGGCAUUGGAAAUUUCUUCUAUAGAGCCAUGACAACAUCGGAAAGGAGUGAAAUCUUCAUCGGUUGCCAGAAAUAUUGUUAUUUUCUAAUGAUCUCCGGAAUUGCUUUCAUUCACUUGGACAGACACAGAGCUCUUUGGAUGAUAACGAUACACGCUGUGCAGGUAUUGUUCAUGGGGUACCUUGUGAUAUAUAGCCAAGAGAUAUUGUACGAUGCUAACAUUGGACAUAUCAAUUUCAUCAACUGCACAUUCACUGUCUUCUUCCAUUUACCGGGCAUAGUGAUCCAUGCUGCAAGACUAUGCAUGCAGGGUGCAGAAAUUGAACAACACGAACACAAUUAAAGCUGAUGCACCUUGGAACUAUAGGAUAAAUAGAGAGUAGAAUGUGCACCUUACUGUAAAUGAUGAAAAAAUGUUCCUUUGUGUCUACAUUUUACUGAUUGAAUUUAGAAUUUAUUAGUCUAAAGGAAAGUACAUUGAAUAUUUCUUGGCAAAUGAAAUACUGAUUGUUGAUUACCUUA